AUCUGUCUAUGUUUGUCACAAAAUAAGAAGGCUCGCAUAUUUCUGUGUAACACCGUGGCACGUGCUUGCCUCGCAGUUUACCGCAUCUUUCGUCCGCCGGGAGCUCGAGCUGACUUCGCUUGGAUGCGGACGCCGCCGUUGAGCUGUCACUUUCCGGUGACCAAACAACUCUGGAGGUUGGUUAUGUUGUUGCUCUGACGUCAGCGUGAGCGACAAUGGAGAUGACAACAGGAGUAGAGUCUAUAAAAGUCGGUUUGAAGACUGGCGUUCUAGUGCUCCAAGCUUCUGCUUUGCACCGGGUUCACAUCAGACGUCUGCAUGAGGGAGGGCUGAGGGGAUCAACAUGCACUUUCUGAGUUUCACACCCAUCGUCUUACUACAGCUGACUUUCCUCUCUGUACUGCAUGGUCACAAAUGGAAAUACAGUGGGCCAGACGGAGAGCACCACUGGGCUAACCAUUAUCCGUAUUGUGGUGCAGCUUUUCAAUCUCCAAUAGACAUCAGGUCAGAGCUGCUAAGGUUUGACCCAACUUUGCGUCCAAUUGAGAUUCAAAACUACAACCUGUCGCUCAAUGAGCGGCUUACACUUGGAAAUAAUGGACAUUCUGUGCAAAUAUCACUGCCCUCUAAGAUGCACAUCUCCAGCCUGCCUCAUCGUUACACUGCAGCUCAACUUCAUUUCCACUGGGGCUCCUCCAGCAGACCUGCAGGCUCUGAACACACGGUGAACAGUAAGCAGUGUGCAGCAGAGAUGCAUGUAGUGCACUUCAAUUCAGACAAGUAUCCCAAUAUGUCCUCAGCUUUAGACAAAUCUGAUGGCCUGGCUGUGUUGGGUGUCCUGAUUGAGGUUGGAGACUUCAAUCCGGCCUUUGAACAGUUUCUGAAGUUCAUCAAUGGUGUCAAAUACAGGGAUCAGAAAGUGCAGGUGCCCGGUUUCAACAUCAGAGCGCUGCUGCCUGCACGUUUGGAUGAGUAUUACCGCUACGACGGGUCACUGACGACUCCUCCAUGCUAUCCCAGUGUCCUGUGGACAGUGUUCAGGAAUCAUGUAACAAUAUCUCGCAAACAGUUUAUGACCCUGGCAACAUCCAUCUACUCCUCCCAUGCCCAGGAGUCAGCCCCUGUGUCUCUGAAUGGCAACUACAGGAAACCACAGCUCGCAGACAGCCGAGUUGUGCUAGUAUCUUUUAAGGAGGGCAGAGGACUGCAAGAUACUCUUACAGUGACAUCUCCACUCACUAGAAAGAAAAUCGUUCAGCAACUACUGGUUGGUGACCUAGCAGACUUGGCUGAUGAAGGGCUCUAUCAACUCCUGCCAAGUGGCGCAGAGAAGCUUCAUGCUGGCAAGAAGAAAGACCUCAGGAACCAACAGAGUAAGACUUUGGCCAAAUCCAAACAACAAACGCUGAAUCCGUCCCUGUGGAAAAAGAGCCAGACCAAGCCCUCUGUGGGAAAGUUCGGGCUGGCUGAAGACUCUCUGUGCUACGUCUCACUGGAGCAGAACGUUCUCCAUCAGCUCAAACUGUCUCAUGCUCAGACCAAGGUGGUUGAGGCUUUAAGAGAUGCAGUUUUUCCUGAGCUCAACCUCAAGAGCUACCUGGACUGUAAGUCAGACAUAGCACUCCCCACUAUCAGACACAUUCUCAGUGGACGGCCAACUGAUGAGGCUUUAGAGUUAGAACACUCUCUGACAAAAGCCUUGAUGAAUAAGAGAAAGACUUCCACAUCAAUCAAGCAAAGUGUGCCAGUUACAAAUUAUGGCAGUUUCUCCCCUGCUACUGUUCCCAGGAAACCACACAUUCUGGGUUAUCCACAUCCUUGGCUUUUGCCAAUGGAGUGGGAAGACUAGAGAGAUUCCUGAAAUAGUUGCGACUCACAUUAUGUCACUUUCUGUAGCCGACAUCUGUUGCGUGUCCCACAACAAAAGACUUGUUUUCAAGUCAGUGCUUUAAGCAGAUUUUAUAACGUUAAGCCUACAUCAAUAUGUAGAUUUUUGGAUCUUGAUGCCUGCUUUUAUAAUUUUACAUUCUACAGUAAAAAAAUGUAUGGCAACAUUUUUAAUAGCGUACUACUGUAUGCCACGUUCUGUUCUUUAAUAUGGUCGUUUUGGAGCUAUACUAGUAAUUACUGUCUUGUACAAUAUAGAGAUGCAGCUAAACCAAAAGAAUUUGCAAGAGCUUAAGAGCUUUACAUUACAUCCUCUCAUCUGUUGCAGUUUGUUAUUCUGUUCAGAAAUGCCAUUUUCAACAAGUUAAGAUAAGAAACAGCUACUGUACAAAGGGGACUAUUUUUAAUAAAAGCAUUUUACACAAAGUGA